AUGGACAAAACCGCGUAUUAGUUGGGCGGCUGCCCUGCCCCCUCACCGCGCCGCGAUAGACUCGAGGGCCGCCCAAGGUCGAGUCCACUGUCCACCACCACUCGAGAGACCGCUGCUCGCUUCCUUCGCUUCCGCUCCAAAAACCCAAUAAAAAAACGCACCUUUCCUUCCCCUCGCUUUCCCCCUCCUUCCUCCCCUCGAUCCCCUCGCCGGGAAAGAUCCGAUCCCAUCCACCUCCACUCCACGUCGCGGCGCAACCAGAGUUCCCCGUCGGCGAAGCAGGAAGUCGGAAGCGAAAGGAAUGUUGCACCUUUGAAGCGGCGCGGCGACCCGGUGUUUCUUCCUGGCCGGCGAUGGGCUGCUUCUCGUGCUUCGACUCCCCGGCAGAUGAGCAGCUCAACCCCAAAUUCGGUGCCGACUGUGGGUACGGCGGCACCUCUGCGGCCGCGGCGUACGGAGCCGGCUUCGGCCGGCACGGGGACAGGGGGUACCCGGACCUGCAGCAGGCGCCCAUGGCGGCGCCGCGCGUCGAGAAGCUCUCCGCAGCGGCUGAGAAAGCAAGAGCUAAGAGUAAUGGGCUCACCAAAGAGGCUUCAGUGCCAAAGGAUGCCAACGGCAAUGCCAUCUCAGCGCAGACUUUCACCUUCCGUGAGCUCGCCACCGCCACCAGGAACUUCAGGCCUGAAUGCUUCCUGGGAGAAGGAGGUUUUGGACGUGUUUACAAGGGCCGCCUCGAGAGCACAGGCCAGGUUGUUGCUAUAAAGCAGCUUAACAGGGAUGGGCUUCAAGGAAACAGAGAAUUUCUAGUAGAAGUUCUCAUGCUCAGCUUACUACAUCAUCAAAACUUGGUUAAUUUGAUUGGCUAUUGUGCUGAUGGAGACCAGCGACUUCUUGUUUAUGAAUAUAUGCCCUCUGGAUCACUUGAAGAUCAUUUGCACGAUAUACCUCUUGAUAAAGAGGCCUUGGACUGGAACACCAGGAUGAAAAUUGCAGCAGGUGCUGCCAAAGGACUGGAGUACCUACACGACAAAGCUAAUCCACCAGUUAUUUAUAGGGAUUUCAAGUCGUCGAACAUUCUGUUGGAUGAAAGUUUCCACCCGAAGCUCUCUGACUUUGGACUUGCCAAGUUGGGUCCAGUUGGCGACAAAUCACACGUCUCAACACGUGUAAUGGGUACAUAUGGUUAUUGUGCACCAGAAUAUGCUAUGACAGGGCAGCUGACAGUGAAGUCUGAUGUGUAUAGCUUUGGGGUCGUCUUGCUAGAGUUGAUAACUGGUCGUAGGGCUAUCGACAGCACCAGACCACAUGGAGAACAAAAUCUUGUCUCAUGGGCACGUCCUCUUUUCAACGACAGAAGGAAGCUCCCCAAGAUGGCCGACCCAAGGCUGGAAGGGCGGUACCCCAUGCGCGGGCUGUACCAAGCCCUGGCGGUGGCUUCCAUGUGCACUCAGUCGGAGGCCGCUUCGCGGCCACUGAUCGCGGACGUCGUGACCGCUCUGUCCUACCUGGCGUCCCAGCCGUAUGACCCCAGCACAGCUUUCGCUUCAAGGAGGCUUGGUGGAAGCAAGCCUGGCGAGAACGGUGGCAGGGUGGUUUCCAGGAACGACGAGACCGGAACCUCAAGGUCGCUGGGGAAGGACCGGGAGGACUCGCCCAGGGACCUCCCGGCUAUCCUCCUGAACAAGGACCUCGAACGCGAGCGCAUGGUGGCAGAGGCCAAGAUGUGGGGCGACCGGGAGCGCUUGGUGGCGGAGGCCAAGAUGUGGGGCGACCGGGAGCGCAUGGUGGCCGAGGCCAAGAUGUGGGGCGAGAAUUGGCGCGACAAGCGGCGCGCUGAGAACGGGCAGGGCAGCCUGGACUCGCCGCCUACUAGGAACAGCUAGGGGACUGGGGAGAGCCUUUCACACAUCCAUCCAUGCUUAUCGGUUGUUUAUUUCCUGGUCGAUUUUCGUCGCCGCGGCGGGCAGGGGCAGGGUCAGGGAGGGUAGAUGUACAUUUCUAGGGCAGCGUCGUACUGGAUAGUGAAUGCAUUUGGUUGUACUUGUAAAUUCUCAGAAAAAUUUUGUGAGAAUGAAAGGACGCAUUUUGAGUUCCACUCGUAAA